AUGUCGGGAAUUUGCCUGAUGUAUGGCAAGCCUACAAAUUCUGCUCAAAUAGACAAAGUCAAAGAUAGGUGCUGGAGCUUAGGAAUAGUGGCUGGAGCACAGCCCACAACAUCAGAAGUUCUGUCUCAUGAUUUUCAGGUUGUGGAUAGAGGUAUGAUCUUCGAAAACCAAACUUAUGUGAAUGAAUUCAUCCUGCUUGGUUUCUCUAAUCCUCAAAGGCUCCAGAAAUUUCUCCUGGCACUCUUCCUUUUGGCAUACAUCUUAACCAUAAGUGGGAAUGUCACAAUUGUGACCAUAGUCCAGCUUCAUCAGCAGCUCCAAACUCCCAUGUAUUUAUUCCUAAGCCAUUUGUCUUUGAUAGAAAUUGGACACAUGACAAACACUAUCCCCAAAAUGUUGUUUGACUUCUUAAAAGACAGGAAAGUGAUCAGCAAGGUUGGUUGCUUCACACAGCUUUACUUCAACCUCUUCCUGGGCCUGACAGAGAACUUCCUGCUGGUGCUUAUGGCUUAUGACCGCUUCUUAGCCAUCUGUAACCCUAUGAACUAUACCACAGUCAUGAACAAUAGAGUCUGUAAAUCGCUGAUUCUUGGGUGUUGGGUUGGAGGUUUACUUGCUCCUUUGCCCCCAGCCAUUGUGCUUGCCAGGCUGAAUUUCUGUGGGCCCAAUAUAAUUAACCAUUUCUUCUGUGAUCUUGCCCCAGUGCUGACUCUUCCUUGUGGGAAAAAGUCAUUCAUUGAAUUUUUCUUCUUUGUGUUCAGUUCUUCAAUGGUCCUGGGUUGCUUUUUCUUAAUAAUAGUAUCUUAUGUCAACAUCAUUGUGGCUGUAUUGAAGAUGCCACCCAGUGGAGGAAGGCACAAAGCCUUCUCCACUUGCACUGCCCAUCUUAGUGUAGUAUUAAUAUAUUAUGGCUCAGUCAUCUAUAUGUAUGUGAGGCCUUCAGUGAAGGACAUUCGUGAUUCAGACAAAGUAGUAUCUGUCUUCUAUUGUGUGGUGACACCCUUUCUGAACCCUUUCAUCUACAGCCUGAGGAACACCAAGGUCCAUGAAGCAUUCAAAAGCUUAAUCUUAAGGAGGAGAAUUUGA